GCGGCUGGGCUUCGGCCGCUCUGUCCGCGAGGCCGCCCCCUGCCCUCUCGCCGCCUCUGUCGGCGCCGCUGUCUCUGCCCGGCGGUCCGACCCGCUUCAAACUCUCCCCUGCGCCCCGGGGCCUCCUGCUCGGGCGCCGGGAGCGGUCCGUGCCUGCCCUGGCCGUUCUUUGCCUGGAAGACGGCGGUGCGGCUCUGCUUCGGCCCCCGUUCCCGGAGCUCGGGGGCAGCGGAAGCGGGAGCGCGCACCUCAGGAGCUGGUUCAUGCUGUGGCUCGGUGCCGUCUUGGGAGAAGCCGGGACUUGUGCCUGUCCUUCCCUCGGUAUAUUAUUGCCUAGGCUGCACAAGCGCUCCGAGUAUUACGGCGUCUGCAUUACUUACCGAUCAUGGGUUUUAAUGGAAGCAGGAGAUGUUCGGUCUGGCUAAAGAGGAUGCCAGCCCCCAUCAGACUGCGGGAGUUGAUCCGGACCAUCCGGACAGCAAGAACCCAGGCAGAAGAGCGUGAGAUGAUCCAAAAGGAAUGUGCUGCUAUCCGGUCAUCUUUCCGAGAGGAAGAUAACACAUACCGAUGCAGAAACGUGGCAAAGCUGCUGUAUAUGCACAUGCUGGGAUAUCCUGCACAUUUUGGACAGUUGGAGUGCCUCAAGCUUAUUGCGUCUCAGAAAUUCACAGACAAGCGCAUUGGGUAUUUAGGUGCCAUGUUGCUGCUGGAUGAGAGACAGGAUGUUCAUCUUCUUAUGACCAAUUGCAUCAAGAAUGACCUUAAUCACAGCACACAGUAUGUGCAGGGGCUGGCACUUUGUACUCUUGGCUGCAUGGGCUCCUCAGAAAUGUGCAGAGACCUUGCAGGAGAGGUGGAAAAGCUCCUCAAAACUUCCAAUUCCUAUCUUAGGAAAAAGGCAGCACUGUGUGCUGUUCAUGUCAUCAGAAAGGUGCCUGAACUUAUGGAGAUGUUCCUGCCGGCCACCAAAAACUUGCUGAAUGAGAAGAACCACGGUGUUCUUCACACAUCAGUUGUCCUCCUCACGGAGAUGUGUGAGAGAAGCCCAGACAUGCUUGCACACUUUAGAAAGCUUGUUCCCCAAUUAGUUCGUAUUCUGAAGAACCUUAUCAUGUCUGGAUAUUCACCAGAGCAUGAUGUGUCUGGGAUCAGUGACCCCUUUUUGCAGGUACGAAUCCUGCGGUUACUAAGAAUUUUAGGGAGAAAUGAUGAUGAUUCUAGUGAAGCAAUGAAUGAUAUACUUGCACAGGUUGCCACUAAUACAGAAACAAGUAAAAAUGUGGGAAAUGCCAUUCUCUAUGAAACUGUGCUGACUAUUAUGGAUAUAAAAUCUGAGAGUGGACUGAGAGUCUUAGCCAUUAACAUCCUAGGCCGUUUCUUAUUGAACAACGACAAAAAUAUUAGAUAUGUAGCUUUGACGUCGUUGUUGAAAACUGUGCAGACAGACCAUAAUGCAGUACAGCGGCACCGAAGCACCAUUGUGGACUGCCUGAAGGAUCUGGAUGUCUCCAUUAAAAGGCGUGCAAUGGAACUGAGUUUCGCUCUUGUUAAUGGGAACAAUGUCCGUGGAAUGAUGAAGGAGUUACUGUAUUUCCUAGAUUCUUGUGAACCAGAGUUCAAGGCAGACUGUGCAUCUGGAAUAUUUCUUGCAGCUGAAAAAUAUGCUCCUUCCAAGCGCUGGCACAUAGACACAAUUAUGAGAGUCUUAACAACGGCAGGAAGUUACGUUCGUGAUGAUGCUGUUCCCAAUCUGAUCCAGUUAAUAACUAACAGUGUGGAGAUGCAUGCCUACACUGUGCAGAGACUCUACAAAGCCAUCCUUGGAGAUUACUCCCAGCAACCCCUGGUACAAGUUGCCUCCUGGUGCAUAGGAGAGUAUGGAGAUCUUCUGGUGUCCGGUCAGUGUGAAGAGGAGGAACCAAUACAGGUAACAGAGGAUGAAGUUCUUGAUAUUUUAGAAAGCGUCCUGAUAUCUAAUAUGUCUGCAUCUGUGACACGAGGCUAUGCUCUCACUGCCAUCAUGAAGCUUUCCACAAGGUUCACCUGCACUGUCAAUCGCAUUAAGAAGGUAGUUUCCAUCUAUGGCAGCAGCAUCGAUGUGGAGCUACAGCAGAGAGCUGUGGAAUAUAAUGCACUUUUCAAGAAAUAUGAUCACAUGAGGCCAGCACUGCUUGAGAGAAUGCCAGUAAUGGAGAAAGUCACCACAAAUGGCCCUGCUGAGAUUGUACAGACCAAUGGAGAGACAGAGACAGCAGUACUGGAAACCAAACCUCCACCCUCUGGAUUGCAGCCUGCUAACCAGGCAAAUGAUUUAUUGGACUUGUUGGGGGGAAGUGAUAUAACACCUGUAAUUCCCACUGCACCUACAAGGGAGCCAGCCUCUGCUGGUGGGGAGCUGCUUGACCUCCUGGGAGACCUCAACCUAACAGGAAUCCCCUCCAUUACUGCAUACAACAAGAAUGGGCUGAAGAUUGACUUCACCUUUGAGAGGUCGAACACCAACCCUAGUGUCACUGUAAUCACGAUACAGGCCUCCAACAGCACAGAGCUGGAUAUGACAGAUUUUGUUUUCCAAGCUGCAGUACCAAAGACAUUCCAGCUGCAGCUUCUGUCUCCCAGCAGCAGUGUCAUCCCUGCAUUUAAUUCUGGGACCAUCACACAGGUCAUUAAAGUCCUGAAUCCACAGAAGCAACAACUACGUAUGCGGAUCAAGUUGACAUAUAAUCACAAGGGCUCAGCAAUGCAGGAUCUAGCAGAAGUCAACAACUUCCCCCCUCAGUCUUGGCAAUGAGGCUCUGGCACCAUUCUUAUUCUCAUCCCACCCAAUCAAAAGAACUCUGGGAAGAAGGUUGUGAUCCUUGGCAAUCCCCCAAACUGCACCAUGGGCAUGGGGAACAAAAGAGACCUGCUGAUGAGGAGGAAUUUUCCUGAAGUGAUUGCUGACUUUGAAGCAUAUCUGUUAAGAUUAAUCUCCUCUCCUCUGCUGAUGAGGCUGGUGGCUUGUGGAGGCUACUGUGCACUCCCUCACACAUGCAUUCACAGCCUGAAGCAUUCCCUUCUCCCCUUCCCUACCCUCCUUCCCCCUCAAAAAGGAACACAGCCUGGUUGGAAGAGAAGUCUGGAAUUUCUAGCAGGGAAACUUUCUUCUCUCUGCAGCAAGUGAGCAGUUGCUCCUUCUUUCUGCUGUCUUUUUUUUUUCCCUGGGGUGGGUAAGGUGUGUUGUCAUUCAUUUCUACCUGGAUUCCUUCAGGCAUUUUCAUCUUGGACUCAGAUGGGGUCUUGGGGAAUGCCAGGCUGCCCUUCCUCUGUCUUGUAUCCCCUGGGUCUUAAGGGGCUGGAGGCUCCUUAUGACCUACUCAGUGCAUUAUUGUAUACACGCACUUCUUAGUUAUGUGCUGCAUACCAAGAGCAAGUGAGGCCUUUGGAGUUCAUCUGCAAACCUGGAACACAGUGCAGGAGAAGAGGUGCGGGUAAGAGUUGGUAAAAUUGCUUUGGUGCUGUACUUGGAAAUGAAGCCCUUACAUCUGAUUUUUCUUUCCUUCCAUCAGUAGGCACAGCCAUGCAGAUUCAGAGUCUUCUGUAGCUUCCCCAGAAAGUGAAGUGAGUUAUGAGAGAUGUAGAGAUAAAAGGAGCAGCUGGUUUUCUACCACAUACGGUUUCAGUGUCUUUCAACCUGUUAAUUGUGGUUUAUGGGUAGAAAAGACACAUUCCAUUUUGUAGAUCAGUUUUUGGGCAAGGGCUUUUGCUCCUGCUGGGAGACUCAUCAGAGACUAUGCUGCGAAGUUGCUCUUCCUGGUUAUUCCAGAACUUCUCCCCAAUUUUAUUUCCAGAGCCUGUUGUAGACCCCCUGGGUUCCAUUUGAGUUACUUCUGACUGGGAUAUUUGUGUUGUAUCUGUAAUAUUGGCACUGAAAUAAAGACCAUGCAGUUUAAAGAGA